UUGUUGUUAUUUAAAGGGGAAAGCAUCCGAGGACUUGCUUCCAUUCUUCACGCUCUCCUUCACUGCAUCGCCAUUUCGAUGGGAGGCUUCAGGCGGUGCUCCCGCUCGUCACUCCGCUGAUCCCUAGCGGCUGCUGAAUCUCUAGUCUGCUAUGGCUGAUACAAAGAUAGUUGCUACACUUAUUGAUUCUACUACUACAAAGAUACAGCAAUUACAUCAGGCAUUUGCUGAACUUGAGAGUCACAGUGCCAUUUCUCUGAACCUAAAAUGGAAAGAACUCGAAGAACAUUUUCAUGGCCUCGAGAAGUCUCUAAAGAAAAGGUUUGUUGAGUUGGAAGAUCAGGAGAAGGAAUAUGCUACACAGUUCAUGGAGACCCAAGAGAUGUUGGAGAAACGGAAGGCUACUGUUGUAGCCAAGGAGCUUUCGUCACUUGAUAAAUUACAGGAAAAGAGAGACGCUGCUCUUGCAGCUUUAUUUGACCAAUACAAAACCUGUUCCCCAGAACCCAUUGCUAAUGUCAGAGAUGCCAUGGCUGAUUCCGGAGAUACCGUAGCCGAUGUUAUUUCAGAAGAGAAAUGCUGUGUUACACCAGCUAAUUCUGGCUUAGAUGUGUGCUCUACAGAAAAUGGAAAUGCAGGCAGUGAACAUCCCUCAGAGCUGGUGAAACUCUGUGAAGAAAUGGAUGUGGAAGGAUUACAUAAGUUUGUCUCAGAUAAUAGGAAAAACUUAAAUUCCAUACGUGAAGAACUCCCAUUUGCACUUAAAAGUGCACCCAAUCCUUUCACUCUAGUUUUGGAUUCCCUAAACGGCUUCUACACCAGAGAGAAUCUUGGAUCAAAGAAGGAUGGGAACCUUUUGGGCCAGCGAAGGACUUGUCUCAUGUUAAUGGAAUCACUUGAACUGUUAUUGGCAGAUGGCAUACAAGAUUCAUUAUCAGAUAAGCAAAUAUUGACAUCAGAUAUCAAAGAAAAGGCAAAGGUAAUAGCCAAGGAAUGGAAGCUGAAAUUGGAUCACCUGGACAUUGAAGCCAGCAGUGGAAACUCAUUGGAAGCACAUGCAUUUCUUCAGCUUUUGGCUACUUUUGAUAUUAUCUCAGAAUUUGAGGAAGAUGAAAUCUGCAAACUAAUGCCAGCUGUUACACGACGCCGUCAAACUGUCGACUUGUGUCGUUCACUUGGUUUGUCACAUAAGAUGCUAGGUUUGAUUGAACUUCUUCAGAAUAGUGGGAGGCAAAUUGAGGCUGUUAAUCUUGCAUAUGCAUUUGAGCUUACAGAACAAUUCGCUCCAGUGCCAUUGCUGAAAGAGUAUCUAAAGGAGGCAAGAAGAGUAUCCCAGGUCAAAGCUGGAAGCAUGUCACCUGGAGCACAGAAUGAAAUGAAUGAACGUGAAUUAUCUGCUCUUAAAGCUGUCAUCAAAUGCAUUGAGGAACAUAAGCUCGAGGAGCAAUACCCAAUUGAUCCACUUCAGAAGCGCAUUGUACAGCUAGAGAAAGCAAAGGCUGACAAGAGGAGGGCUGCUGAAGCUGCAAAGCCCCAGUCCAAGAGGCCUCGUGCCGGCGGAAGCAUUUACAAUCCUCGUAUUACCAGCAUGCCUGACAAAAGCUUCUACCGGACACCGCCUGAGAGGUUUGCACACCCGUAUGACAGCCCCGAGCGGUUCUCUUACCCAUACGAUAGACAGUAUCUCUAUGCUGCUGAAAGUCAUCAACCUACUCUGAUGGGAUCGACUCCAUACACCGUCUCCUCUACGCAUACCCUGUACUACGGAAAUGCUCACCCAGUCCAGUACCAGACUGCUUAUUUGCACUAAUGGAGAAAGCCACAAUGACCAUGAUCUCGUCUAACUAUGAGCUUUUUAACCCACGGGGUCUUAUAUGUUAAUCAACUAAAUCUGCAUAACUAUAAGAUUUGUAUCUCUGUAUUAAUGUGUGUGUAACAUUUCCGACAUUAGAUAUUUUCCUUCUAAUGCCCCCAGUUUGAGUUUGUUUUA